AUGCGCCAUCUGCCGCGGGCCCGGCUGCUGGCGCUGCAACUCGCCCUGCUCGUGGCCUCGGGGGCCCCGGAGGCGCCGCUCAGCGCGCCGCGGAGCCUGGUGUGGGGCCCCGGGCUGCAGGCGGGCGUCGUUCUGCCGGUCCGCUAUUUCUACCUGCAGGCUGUCAGCUCGGAGGGCCAAAACCUCACCCGCUCGCCCCCAGGUCAAACACUAUUCAGAGUAGUAAUCAAAUCUCUGUCACCUAAAGAGUUAGUUCGGAUUCAUGUCCCUAAACCUUUGGACAGGAACGAUGGAACGUUUUUGAUGCGAUAUAGGAUGUAUGAAACUGUCAGUAAAGGGCUGAAGAUAGAAGUCCUUUAUGGUGAUGAACAUGUUGCUCAGUCUCCCUAUAUUUUGAAAGGACCAGUAUACCACGAGUACUGUGAGUGUCCAGAAGAGGAUCCUCAGGCCUGGCAGAAAACUCUGUCUUGUCCAGACAAGGAACCACAGAUUGAAAAAGAUUUUGCUUCUUUCCCCAGCAUUAAUCUCCAACAGAUGCUAAUUGAAGUUCCGAAAAGGUUUGGGGAUGAGAGGGGUGCUAUUGUUCAUUACACGAUUCUCAAUAACCACAUCUACCGAAGAUCUUUAGGGAAAUACACAGACUUCAAAAUGUUCUCAGAUGAGACUUUGCUGUCACUGGCAAGAAAGGUCCUUCUCCCAGAUUUAGAAUUUUAUGUUAAUCUUGGAGACUGGCCUUUGGAGCAUCGAAAAGUCAAUGAAACCCCUGGCCCUUUACCUAUCAUUUCAUGGUGUGGCUCUCUGGAUUCACAAGAUGUUAUCCUUCCAACAUAUGACAUCACCCACUCUACACUGGAAGCUUUGAGGGGUGUUACAAAUGAUCUCCUAUCUAUUCAGGGAAAUACAGGACCUUCCUGGAUCAACAAAACAGAGAAAGCUUUCUUCAGAGGUAGAGACAGCAGAGAGGAGAGGCUCCAGUUGGUGCAGCUGUCCAAGGAAAACCCACAACUACUAGAUGCAGGAAUCACAGGAUACUUCUUCUUCCAAGAGAAAGAAAAGGAGCUUGGAAAAGCUAAAUUGAUAGGUUUCUUUGACUUCUUUAAGUACAAGUAUCAGGUGAAUGUGGACGGGACCGUGGCCGCUUAUAGAUAUCCAUAUCUCAUGCUUGGUGACAGUUUGGUUCUGAAGCAGGACUCACCAUAUUACGAACAUUUCUAUAUGGCACUGAAGCCGUGGAAACAUUAUAUUCCAAUUAAAAGAAAUCUUAGUGAUCUACUAGAGAAAGUUAAAUGGGCCAAGGAAAAUGAUGAAGAAGCCGAGAAGAUUGCAAAAGAAGGACAGUUGACUGCUAGGGAUCUGCUACAGCCACACCGGCUUUACUGCUACUAUUACAGAGUACUACAGAAAUACGCUGAACGCCAGUUGAGCAAACCUGAAAUACGUGAUGGAAUGGAACUUGUUCCUCAGCCAGAUGACAGUGCAUCUUUGUGCCAAUGCCACAGGAAAAGGCCUUUAAGACAAGAGCUUUAAGUUAGUCCAGAUUCACACUCCUAUGUGUGCCAGCAACAACUUUCAUGGCAGCAUACAGAUGGAAUCUAAGCUGUGAAGACAGCCUGGAAGGCUGGAUGCAGGGGACUGCUUCUCUUGAUGGUUUCAUGCUAUGUGAAUGGACAGGGCAAUAUUAGAGUAAGUAUUACCAAAUAUCUUAGUAUAUCAAUAUCUUUUCAGUAAAAACUGCUAUCAUCGUCAUCAUAGUUUCUCUAAAAAGAAAACUUGGGGUUCAUAGUAGAUAGAGAGGCUUGCCAAAAUAUAAAUAACUUUCUAUGAAACUAUUUACUUUGUAUUUAUUGGUUUGCUUCCAUCCCUUGUUCACUUUCCCUCUUCCCCUUCCAGUUAUGAAGAAAAUAUAUUUUGCAGGAUGCUACAAGCUGCUUUUGGCAUUUAGUAAUAGCAAGUUUCCUCUUGGAAGAUCUGAUAUGAAUAAUUAAGGAAGAUGAGAAUGACUCUGUUAUUAGAGGUAGCUUGGAUACUGUGGAGGGAAAUUAUUUUAAAGCUCAUUCAUAUCCUUUUAACUAAGCUUUACUCAAGGUCCAAGACAAAAUUAAUCAGAGAUAGUGCCUUAAGCUAAUAAUUCCCAGUUGAUCUGAGUUGGACACCCAUCAAGGACCACCCAAUUUUUUAAAAUAGAUGAGAGCAUCCUAUGGGUACCUUCAUUAUCUGUAUAUUUGAAUAGAUAAAUGAUAACUGUAGUCAGGUAGGGAUCUUUAAUUCUUUUUAAUCUUUAAACGGGAUGCUUGAGUACCUCUGCAACAAGCUCCAGGAAGCCUGAUAUCUUGGGAUUCACUAACAAGCUAAUGACAAAAGCAAGCAUCUAUUCUUCACUGUACCCCUUCUGUAUUUCACUGUGCUGUAUUACUAAGAUAAAAACUUUGGAAAUUUA